UUUGCACAUGUUGUUCCCUCUGCCCAGAAUGCAUCAGUUCCUCCACCACUACCACUAGGCCCACCUGAUCUGCCUCACAAAUCCUACUCAUCCUUCAAAACCCAACUCAGACGUCACCUCCUCUGAGCAGCCCUCUCUACUUCCAAACACUGUAUUUAGCCAAACAGAGUAAGUCACCCUCCAUGUGUGCUACCCCGCACUAGAGUCUGCCUGAACCUUCCCACUCUCUCACAGGGUUAUAAUUGAGUACUGGUCUGUAUCCCUGGAUAGACUGUGAAAUCCUUGCAGGUGUGGACUGUCUCAUGAAUGUAUCAUUGAACCACCCACACCUAGCACAGUGCCUAAUGCACUUGGGACCACAGGGAAAGCUGGUUCAUUUGAGUUUCGUCUCUGUUUGACAGAUAAUGGCUCUUCUUUUUUACUCCCCACAGAAAGCAAGUGAUUGCUUUCCUUUCCUCAUUUUUGGAAGCCCUGCCUAACACACAGCUGCACUCUACAUCCCAGUUCCUGGAUGGAUGAAGAAAGUGAACUGAUCCAGCCCCAAGACCAGAGCUGCUGGGCCACUCUGCCCGAUGUGUGUCUGUGCCGUGUUUUCUGGUGGCUAGGAGACAGGGACAGGUCCAGGGCUGCUCUUGUCUGCAGAAAGUGGAACCAGAUGAUGUAUUCUGCUGACCUCUGGCGGUACAGGACCAUCACCUUCAGCGGGAGACCUUCCAGGGUACAUGCAUCUGAAGUUGAGUCAGCUCUUUGGUAUGUUAAGAAGUUUGGUCGUUAUCUGGAGCGCCUGGAGGUCAAAUUCCUGAAUCCUUACAAUGCUGUCUUGACCAAGAAGUUCCAGGUCACCAUGCGGGGCCUCCUGUCUUGUCUGAGUAAGAGCAACAACCGUCUGAAAUCUCUUUCCAUCCAACACCUGGAGCUGGACCGCCUGGUGUGGAGGAACAGCAUCAGGAGCUCAUUCAUCAGGAGCUUGAGCUUCUUCUUAAAGAAGAUGGGCAAACACCUGGAUUACCUCAACCUAAAAGGGGCCAGGCUGACCGUGGAGCAAGGCUGCCACAUUCUCGACUCCCUCAGCCACCUGAGGAAUGAGAAUGUGAUCUCAGAACUCAACAUCGAGGACUACUUCAGUCAUCACCUUGCUGUCUACAGCAGCCCCCAGUUCAAAAAGACCAUGUCCACAUUCCACAAUCUUGUGUCCCUGAACCUCAACUACAACUGUAUCUCCGACGAGCUGCUUGAGAACUUGUGUGAGAACGCCAGCACCCUCUGGACCAUAAACAUCAAAUGCCACAUUCAUGACCCCCACGGACAGGUCAUCUGGGGUAUGUCCUGGGCCAAGCUGGCCAGGCAGGCCACCAAUCUGAAGGUGAACUUCUACUUUGAACGGAUCAUGAAGUACGAACGCUUGGCCCGAAUCCUCUUGCAGGAGAUCCCAGUCAGGAGCAUCAGUCUGAGAAGCUGCUAUUUCAGUGACCCAGACUGGUCCAUGAGACCCACUCUGAUAGAUCUCCUGCCCACCUUCCGGCACACUCUGCAGAAAUUAACUUUUGAAUUCAACAACAACCACGAGUCACUCGACGAGGAGCUGCACCUCCUCAUCGUAUCCUGCAGGAAGUUGUUUUACUUCAAAAUCUGGGCUUUCCUUGAUGUUAGGUUUGUGGAGCGGAUCCUGAAGAGUCAGAAAGAACGGCAGUGUGCCCUGCGCACACUCAAGGUAAGCGGCCCCCAGGCUGGUUCCAGGAGGUGGAGUGGGGGCAUCCGGGAAUGGUACUUCCGCUCUGGAAGGAAGGGCAGAGAUAAGGCAGUGAACAGAAUCAUCUGUUCAUUGGAAAUCAGCAGUUUCACAGAAGGGAAUUUGGAGCUCUUUUUUCUAGCAGUUGGGUUUGGUCUUUUCCUGAUUCUGCCAACAUUCCUGAUUCAACAACUGUAUGUGUAGAUCAUUUAAGUUGUUGUCAAGCCCUGAAAAGUGUAGUCACAAUGUGUCUGUGUGUGUGUGUGUGCAUGCUCAUAUGUGGAUGUAUUUCUCUGUUGGCACAGGUGAGAAUUUAUACAAACAGAUAUGAAACGAAUGAAGAGGACAGGACCCUGCGGGAAAUUUACAGGAAGUAUAG